GUCAGACAGCCAUAUUUGAUUCGAUUACAGCGUAGCUGCGACAGUUUAGCCAGUUGUUGACGAGAGAAAAAACCGUGUUUUCGUGACUACGAGGCCAGCCGAAGACCCAUCUCCCCCGAACUCCAGCCGCACUCCCAGCGCCGACAGGUUACAUACGGUGGUCAACGAUGAAUCCUGAAUAUGACUACUUAUUCAAACUGCUCCUGAUCGGUGACUCUGGAGUCGGAAAGUCCUGUCUCCUCCUCCGGUUCGCAGAUGACACGUACACAGAGAGCUACAUCAGCACCAUCGGCGUGGACUUCAAGAUCAGGACCAUCGAGCUGGACGGAAAGACCAUAAAACUGCAGAUUUGGGACACAGCCGGGCAGGAGAGGUUCCGGACCAUCACGUCCAGCUACUACAGAGGAGCACACGGCAUCAUCGUGGUUUAUGAUGUCACGGACCAGGAGUCCUUCAACAACGUGAAACAGUGGCUGCAGGAGAUCGACCGCUACGCCAGCGAGAACGUCAACAAGCUGCUCGUAGGCAACAAGUGUGACCUCACAACGAAGAAGGUGGUGGACUACACUACGGCUAAGGAGUUUGCUGACAACCUGGGCAUCCCGUUCCUGGAGACCAGCGCUAAGAGCGCCACCAACGUGGAGCAGGCCUUCAUGACCAUGGCGGCCGAGAUCAAGAAGCGGAUGGGCCCCGGGGCCACGGCCGGCGCCGCCGAGAAGUCCAACGUCAAGAUCCAGAGCAAGCCGGUUAACACUUCCUCCGGAGGCUGCUGCUGAGAGCCCAGAAGAGCCACCACCUGAUCGCCCCGCCCCCACCCACCCAUCUCCUCCCCCCGAGCCCACGACCAGUCCCAACGUUCCCAUGACGCUCCACAGGAAAGAAGAGGGAGGCUCUGAGCGGCCCGCUCCCACACACACCAGAACCAGAGCCCGACCCUUUAUCAGUCAGCAAUAGGACGGUAAGCCCCCCCCCCCCCGCCCCCCCACCGUCCCCCAGAACACGGCGGGCCUCUUUCAUCCACACUCGUACUGGAAAACCAUGUCGACGAUUUUUAACAGCGAAGCUAACCAACGAAAAUCCACCUGUCCCCGUGCUGCGCUCCACCGCCGCCUCCGAGCCGCGCGGAGCAGCACGACUCGCCCGGCCGCGCCUCCCGCCGCUCGCACCCGCAGCGUGCGCCGCACCACCCGGCACCUGCUCCCUCAGUGCUCCGCCCCCUUGUGCCUUCGCGGCCGCAGAUCUCCAGCACGUUCGCGCCCCGGCAGUCCGCUCGCUAACAUUCCUGUCCGCGCGCUGCUGGUGUUCACCGGGCGACCCGGGCGCGCUGCGUUCGGGAGGCGUGGGCGCGCCCACGACGACAGUGAACGCACCACCCCGACUCAGAAUCUAUAAACUGUAUAUAUUUAUACAUAAAUGUAAGAAGUGAUCUGCAGAGUGUGUAGAAGCAGGAGAAGCGAAUGAUUAGAAACCUCGGCACGUGAUUUGUGGCUGCGGACGCGACAUUUUUGUGGCACAAUGUCAACUAUUAAAACAAUGAAGGAGAUGUUUGAUAA